CGUCUUAAUGUGAUAAUCUGCUCCUGUUGCAGCUCUUCCUAACUGCUUCCUCAAGGUGUAGCUGUGAUUUAUUCCAGGAAACAAGUUACCUUUCUCUCCAGACGUCCACUUCUUCAACUCUUUGGACUGUUUGAAGAAACUAUCAACAUGAAGAUCUCUAUCUUUGUCGGUGUUCUGCUGCUCUCUGCUGCCGUGCUCUCUGUGGAUGGACUAGAUCCAAGAGUUCAGAAGUUUAUAAAUCAGCAUAUCAACCAGAACAUGGCUCCUAACCGCUGUGACGCCAUGAUAACCCAGAAAAAAAUCAGUCAAACCAACAGCAAUAGGUGUAAAGAGGUAAACACCUUCAUCAGUGCAACGUAUGCCGCCGUCAAACCCGUCUGUAGGGACGGAGGAAGUCCAUACGGUACUGGUGGUAAUCUGAGAAUCAGCCAUGACAAGUUCAGAGUUGUUAAUUGCGAAUGCAAUGUCAACCUCAGGCUUCCCAACUGUGACUGCCGUGGCUCUAGUGGCAACAAGAGAAUUGUAAUUGGAUGUGAUGACACCGGUAACCCUGUUCACUACGAAGAAGGUGUGUACAUUCCCAACUGAUCAAAUGGUAGGAUUGGAACUGGUUUCCACUUGGAACCGUUUAAAAAAAUACGAUUCCAAUGGAAGUAAUUUUUUCUAUUGGAAUCUUUUGGAAAAUUUGGUUUUGGAUUCCAUCAUCGGUUCCAAAUGCAACACAAGUAUAUAUAUCUGCAUUUCUGUAUCUCUGUGUCCUGUGUGCUCUUGGGGUGGGGGGGAAUUGUUUGGUCUUUGUAAAUAAUAGUGUG